UACAAGAGCACUUUAGUAAAAUAAAAUACGUUAGCUUAGAUUUUUCAAGAUGAGAUCAAAUUUUUAUAAACUUGACGAGCAUCUACGUUAUCGGUUUCGUCAGAACGUGGAAGGGCAAUCCAUUUGGGGUUUUCUCUGAAAAGACGCAUAGCAUGAAUGUAAUCAUCACUAGAAGUGGUAAACCGGUGGUAAAUUCCAGCUGGUAAAAUGAUUAAGUCACCUUUUUCCAUGAAAAUACGAAUCCACUUGUCAUCGACUGAGCGCAAAUCGAAAUAGCCCUUCCCAUCCAUAAUGAGACGAAUUUCCUCGUCUUCAUGUAAGUGCUCUUCAAAGAACUUUUUGACCAUGGAAUCGUAUCGUUCACCUAACGUAGCACGGCUGACAGUUACUUCAUCACGACUUUGAAAACCAUAUUUUUUCAUCAAUUCGUCAGCGAACGCAUAUAAAUCACCAUCAGAAUGUGAGCUGAUUACCUUUGCAUCAUUAAGUUCUGCUUCACUGAUAGGUAUGCCCGAGUCAUUUGGCUUUCUCUGAUCUCCUUCGUCUUGAAAAAGAUAAGCUCUCAUAUUUCCAAAUGCUCAAUCAAAUCAACAACGAUAGUUUAAUAAAAUAAACAGAAUAAAUAAAAGAAUAUCAAAUCGAUUAACGAACCAAGUUGAUACUGAAAACUGAGAAGGGAGGGGAACGAAGUUGAGUUUUGCAAAAGCAAAAUUUUCGCCCGCAGGGUUCUUCUUUAGCAUACUUAUCAGAGAUCAAGCACGCAAGCAUUCCAAUAUCGAGGUUGUGGUUCUGGAUGAGAUCUAAUUAAAAAUAAAACCAGAAAAAAAGCAAUAAAUUUGAAUGUUCUACCAUAGCUCCUUUGUGGAGUUUUCUUCAUCCGAAGUUGCACAAUUAUUACACCAAUUCAACUGAACGUAAAAAUCAGCGUGUGCGACUAUUCUUCUUUUUGAGUUGAAGGAUUUAUAACUUAUUAUACCCAUUAGUAAACGUGUUUUGCAGUAUUACGAAAAGCCAUACAAGUAGAAGUUUGCACUCCAAUAGACAGAAACCGAAUAUCCUUGAGUUUAUGUUUACAAAUAAAACCGUUCUUAUGAUACUUUGCAAGUCUGAUUUUGGAUCGCUAAAAAGGAGAGUAUAGUGUGUUUGCCGCAAACUAUGAUUUCCACUCUAAGGUUAUUUCAAUUUCCUUUUCGUAUGGGACGAAUUCUUUUUUUUCAAGCAAUGGAGCCCAUUCCAAAGAGAGGCAAUUUGUAUUCAUUUAGGCAAAACUCUUGUCAAUAUCCUUGGAUGUCUCGCCAGUUUCAAAUUAGCGCGUCAUCUCAAACACAAAAGACAAAAAAACCGUAUUUUUUAGAAAAAAUCAAUGAGGAGGAAGUUGAGGAAGUUUUUGUUCGCGGAAGUGGACCAGGAGGCCAAAAAAUAAAUAAAACAAGCAUUGUUUCACAAUUAAGACAUAUUCCGACUGGCAUCACAGUCCGGUGCCAAGAAACACGUUCGCGAGAACAAAAUCGGAAAAUAGCAAGGAAAAGAUUAGCUGAAAAGGUUGACGAGUUUUAUCAUGGAGAAAAUAGUUUGCUGUCAUUAAAAGCUCAAAAGAUUGUUCAGAGGAAACGGAAUCGUCAGAAAAAAAGUCGAAGAAAAUACGGUCUUGAGAAAGAUAAGGGCCAAAUCUGGAAUGAUGAAUCUUCUAGUGAAAGCCCAAACGAACAAUCUAAAGUCGAAAACUGAAAAUUUGCUUAGAUGUAUAAUAAAAAUCCCCGAGCUUAAUCGUAAAGAAUAAGAGACAAAGGACUGUUAAUUAACUUUAAUCAUUACAUGACAUUAAAAAAGUUCAGAUCAAGCACCACGAAUACGACGAGCUAGCUGCAUAUCGCGUUGCAUUAUGGUUACACGCUUGGCAUGAAUAGCACAAAGAUUCGUAUCUUCAAACAAAUGCACGAGAAAAGCUUCUGCUGCUUCUUGGAGGCACUGUAAAGCCGUUGAUUGCCAUCGAAGCCCAACGUCUGUAGAAAAGUUUGCAACAAACUCUGAUGAGAUUUCACGGACAAUACGAGAGAAUGGAAGACGUUGAAUUAGUAAAUCCGUUGUUCUCUGAUAUUUUCGAAUUUCUCGAAGCGCCAUUGUCCCCGGGCGGUACCUUUUUUUACGUGGAUGAGGAAUUGGAUCUCCUGGUUCUGCCAUUAAAGAUUUUUUAGCCAUUUCUGCUAUAAAGUCCUAUUUACUUUAAGUAAAAGUUUAAUAAUGCACGGUUAAAUUUAUCGAUAUUAGUGAAAUUUCAGAUGGAAAAAACAAAACAGUCGCGUCGCGUUUUUUUUUCCAAGUUCUUCUGCACUUGUUUAUGUCUUCGAGUAAGCUCCAAACUCAUAUAAAGGUUUUUUCCAGUAGACUAUCACUUUUUAAGCUGCCUUCUUAAUGAAGCAUUCUCAAUUUAUCGCCUGUUUUCUACUUUGUUCAGGAUACGCUACAGUAAACAAUUCACAUUCAAAAGCAAUUACUCGAAAGGUCGUUAUAAAAUAAUUACCACAUUGGUGUACAUUGCUGUUGGAUGCGCUAUAAUCCAUUUAGGGACUUUACAAUCGUCAGCCGAUUUGCGGUAUAUAUAGAAUAUGCACUGGACAGUAGUAUGGUAAGUUACUUUAGUACUUACGUACAUAGCGCA